AUGAAACAUAUCUUUAUCACCAAUUCAAAUUUACUCACAAGAAUUACAGAUGAACUUCCUUCAAAUGAAACUAGGCAAUCUUUAGUUCAGGGGUUGAUUCAAGCGUAUGGUUUGUUAGAAUAUUGUGAAGUUAUUGACGUUGAACCAAUUGAGUACAAGGAGUUAACUUUAUAUCAUGAUUCAAAUUUCAUAAGACAAUUAUGUAUUCCAAGAAUUGAAACUGAUCAAAAGUCUUCUGAAUUUGAUAAUCUCAAAAAUGAAUUGAAUAAGUUGUUUGAUGACGUUGAAGAUAUAGAAUACGAGGAAACCAGAGUUGAUAAUGAUGAUUUAUUCGGUUUAUCUCAUGAUUGUUAUCCAUUUCCAUUCAUGCGUUAUUAUAUCAAUUUAACAGCUGCUUCAACAAUUCAAUUGUUUACAAAAGUACGUGAAUAUGUUAAAUGUCAACAAGAUCAGCAAGUUAAAAAACGAGUAAUUGGUCUCAAUUGGUAUGGGGGUCGCCACCAUUGUCACAAAUCAAAAGCAUCAGGUUUUUGUUAUAUUAAUGAUAUUGUAUUGGGCAUUUCAAUUAUUAGAAGGUUAACAUCGAAGUCUCGAGUCUUCUAUUUAGAUCUUGAUCUUCACAAUGGUGAUGGAGUUGCAGAAGCUUUUAAAUUCUCAUCAAAAGUUAUAACUUGUUCUAUACAUAGAUAUGAUGUUGGAUUUUAUCCUAAUAGUGGUGGAUUAGAGGAAUCACGUUUUGGAAUGUAUAAUAUACCUACAGACAGAGGGCUUACAGAUGAGAAUGUGAUGUGGAUUUUGCAAAAUAUAGUCAUCAAUUUGAUUAAUAAACAUGAGCCAAACUACUUAGUCAUUCAAACCGGAUGUGAUGGUUUAAGCACUGAUCCUCAUAAGGAGUGGAACUUAACUAUGAGUGGUUUUGAUAGUGCCCUACAGUAUUUGAUUUCGAAUAUCAGCAUUGAUAUUCCUAUUAUGAUAUUAGGUGGAGGCGGUUAUAACGACACAGAGACAGCCAAAUGUUGGACAUAUCUUACCAAAUCUUUAAUAGGCUCACCCAUCCCAAAACGUUUGGUGGAUGAAGCGAAUGAGAUUCCAGAGCAUACAAUGAUAGAUCACUACGAGAAAGAUGGUUAUAGGUUUUGGACUGAUCUAAAUUCCAGUCCUAGUAAGAUGCAGAAUCAAAACGAUCUAAUUAAGUUGCAACAAAUAAAGGAUUAUAUAUUGUCUAUUACUUGA